AUGUCUUGCUGCACGUCCAAUGCCAACCCUGGCCGGCGGCGGUCAACUCUUCGCUCCAGGGUGCGGCCACUUACUUCAGCUGGCGGCGAGCAUCAGCAACAUCACCACCAGACGCAGGAUGGACUUGGACGAGCCCAUGACGGGGUGCAUAAGGAGGCUCUUUUCCCCUUUCCUGGAGAAAGUCACCAAAGCGCCAUCGUCGAGACGGACGAGGCUCUCUCCGCUACUGUUCCGAGAUCAAAGCAUCGCCAUAGCAAGAGCUUCUCCAGUAUCCUACACGGGGCCAGCGAGCUCAAGACAAUCACUCGGUCUCUGUCCAUUAGCAUUCGAAACAAGGGAAAACGAGCUGCACAGGCACCAGGCGAACAGCUGUCGGAACACCAGAGCCAUGAAGAGUCCAAGGCAGGCUGGUUUCGCAGCCACAGACUGCCACGUCGCCGGUCUCUUGGUGGAAUCUGCAACCUGAAUAAACUCUACCCUCUGGCGUCAAGUCCACCUAUGCCCUCGAACUGCAAGGAUUUCACUCACACACAGCAGAAUGGCCAGCUGGUGGACGAUGCCGCGGGGCGCAAGGGCAUGCUUGCACCGCCGCUGAAGGGGGAGGAUGAAGGCAUGGAGAUCUUUGAGCUUGCCGGUCACCUUGGUGUCAAGCUUGCCUUGGACUCAGAGAGUGGAAUAAGCAUAAACAUUCAGGACACCGAUGAUAAUGCAAAGAAACUAGAUUGCGUUCGCAAGGACCCUGUUUCCUUGCCUGCAGAACUCAUGGCGCAUAUCCUAUCCUUCCUCGACGCAGAUUCGCUUAAGAAUGCGGAACUAGUCUCAAGUUCAUGGAACGUCCAUGCUUCCUCCAGUAAUGUUUGGAGAGAGGUUUUCUACCGUGAAUACAGAGACAGCCGUAAUGUUGCCAAUACACCCGGUAUCCCGAAGAGAGCGAUGGGCCUGGGAAAGAAGAAGCCCGCCCAGGACUGGAAAAAGGUGUACAAGGUUCGACACACCUUGGAGAACCGCUGGAAAUCUGGAAAGGCUGCUGCCAUCUACCUGCAUGGUCAUCAGGACAGCGUGUACUGUGUUCAAUUUGACGAGAAUAAAAUUAUCACUGGGUCCCGGGAUCGUACCAUCCGCGUGUGGGACGCACGUUAUCCCUGGCCGUGUUUGAAAGUCAUCGGCGCACACCAGGCCACAUCUGACAGCAGCGUGCCCGUCACACCAUGGCCCAUUACUCCGCCUGCAGACUCAACUGGCAGCUCUCCCUUUAUCAGCAUAUGCCCACCUGUGGCAUCCACCGCUGACCUCAUCUCCCACCACGAGUCCGGAGAGUACCAUAACGCUUCAAUCCUUUGUCUGCAGUUCGACGAUAAGAUCAUGGUCACUGGUUCAUCAGAUGCCACCUGUAUCGUCUGGGAUAUGCAAGACAACUACCGCCCCAUUCGCCGUUUGAAAUGGCACCAAGCCGGCGUCCUUGACGUCUGCUUCGAUGAUAAGCAUAUUGUGUCCUGCUCCAAAGACACCACUAUCUGCGUCUGGGACCGCGAAACCGGCCAGCUGCUCAAACGCCUCCUUGGCCACCGCGGUCCAGUAAACGCAGUCCAGCUCCGUGGCGACUUGGUCGUCUCUGCCAGCGGUGACGGCGUUGCGAAGCUGUGGAACAUCUCAUCCGGUCUCUGCAUCAAAGAAUUUGCCAGCAAAGACCGUGGCCUAGCCUGUGUCGAAUUCUCUGAGGAUGCACGUACCAUUCUAGCUGGCGGGAAUGAUCAGGUUAUAUAUCAAUUUGACGCAAACACAGGGGAACUCGUGAAAGAGUUAGAAGGCCAUUCCGGCCUCGUCAGGUCUCUGCACAUGGAUAACGCCAACGGCCGCGUCGUCAGCGGUAGUUAUGACAUGAGCAUUAAAGUAUUCGACGCAAAGGCCGGAAAACUCAGCAUCGAUCUCCCUGGCUGGACCACAAGCUGGAUGCUGAGUGCCAAAUCAGAUUAUAGAAGAAUAGUCGCAACUAGUCAAGACGCUAGGGCUGUGAUCAUGGACUUUGGUUAUGGUUUAGAUGGUAUAGAAUCGCUGGAGGGAUAA